AUGUUAUCAUUAAAACAUGUGUAUUUUUUCCAAACUAGCAUAGGAAUCUUAGCCAAUGGCUUGUUCCUCAUCUUCCACAUCUUCUCAGUCAACCAGUUUCAUAGACCAAAGCCCACUGAUAUAACCACCUGUCACCUGGCCUUUGUCCACAUAGUGAUGCUACUUAUUACACUGUACGUAUUAUCUGAAGACAUGUUCCAAUUGUUGAAUUUUUUAAAUGAAUUCCAAUGUAAGCUUUUGUUCUACCUGAGUAGGGUGACGAGGGGUCUCUCCAUCUCCACCACCUGUCUCCUGAGCAUCAUUCAGGUCAUCACCAUCAGUCCAGGCUCCUUCUGCUUGUCAAGAUUUAAGCAUAAACUCAAAAGUUAUACUAUUUUUGCUUUCUUCUGUCUUUGGUGCCUCAAUCUGUCUGCCAAUAGCUACGUGAUCAUCUACACUGUAGCUCAUUCUAACAGGACCAAUCUACUCAAUGUCAGUAAGUACUGCUCACUCUUCUCAAUGAACUCAGUCAUCACGACACUACUUCUUACACUGGGAUUGACACAGAGUGGCUUAUUUGUAGGAAUGAUGCUGCUCUCCAGCAUGUGCAUGGUGGUUUUCUUAUGUAGCCAUCAGAGGAAGUCUGAGUACCUUCACAGCAUGAGCAUUUCCUCAAGAAUCUCCCCAGUAAAACAUGCCACCCGUACUGUUCUGCUGCUGGUGAGUUUCUUUGUGAUUAUGUACUGUUUGGAUAUCAUGAUUUCAUCCUUCUCAACCACAUUGUGGAAAUAUGAACCUGUGGUCCUGGAUAUCCAGAGGAUGGUGCGAAAUAUCUAUGCCACUGUCAGUCCUGUGGUGCUUAUUAGUUCUAAUAAAAGACUAAUUGAACUUCUGCAUAAUGUGAAUGAUAUGAUAACAAUCUUAAAAUAA